UUUAUUGAUAAGCUAUAGUAAGUUAUUCCGAAAACCUAUACUAAAAUGGAAGCCAAACUAUUUGUAUUAUUAGCACUUUGUUACACAGUGUCCAGUGUUCCCAUAAACACUGAUUUCAUAUCUGAAGAAGUAGCUGCGAAUGAUCAUAUAAUCAUGAAGAGAUUUGUAAACCCUUCGUUGCCGUUGGGCGAAUUUUCAAGUGAUAGUCUCAGUCGAGUACGAACAAGGAGAAGUGAGGAAGACGAAUGUGAAAAACUCAAUUUAUGCAAGUUGCACGCCAGAUCUCAACACAAUUUUAUGGCGGCAUUUCAAUUGUAUUUUGUCAACAAGGAGAACGCAAGACUUUGGGACCACCGGGCUCAUACAAUGUCGGAGUGUUAUCAACUCUACAACUGCUAUAGAUAAUAAUAAGAUUCCCUUGUUAUUAUUCAUUAAGACACAAAAACAGGCAAAAGCCUAUAUAUAACAAUAUCAUCAUUACUUUUCGUAAGUACGAGAGAGUAGUCAUCUGGAGGAAAUCACCUGGCGAUAAAGCAAGAAAUAUAGUGGGAAUUAACAUAGAAAUACGUGAAAGUAUUUUUUAAUACAGUUGCUCAAAAAGUGGCGUAUUGCUGGGACGUAUAGCGUUCGGGAUAUGUGACAUACUCGAGCUUUUUCUUUACUUUUUCCGAACUCGUGCGUUCUCUUUUCCAAUUGUCAAAACAAUGUCUAUUAAAAAGAAAAAAACAACCACGAAGUUUUUCCUAAAAAAAUCGUUUUACAAAAAGGAAAACAAUUAUACGAAAUUAAUAACAGUUUAUCUUAAACAGUAAAUAUGCAAAUAUAAUAUAUAAUACCUAAAACUUCCCUAGUUAGUAUAAAAAACUGUACCAAUUUCAAUGUAUAUGUGAAUUUUAAGUUUUGUAAGAAAUAAAUGAUUAGUUAUUUGAGUUUAUUGUGAUUACUUUUUUAUUAAAUUUCGCAAUUGUAUUAAAAAUAGGUAGUAACUUGUUCCAACUGUCAACCCUCACCUUUGGCUGCGCCUCGACUCGGGUAGACCUUUGUCGGAACUCUUUGCA